GCACGUGUGCUGGCGGAGGGGGACGGACGGACGGUUUAGGUGAUGCACCCAACAUGGCCGCGCUCAGCGGCACGAAAACGCUGUUGCUGCGGGCACUGCGGGGCUUCGGCUGCGUGGUUCCUCGGAGACAGCGUGUCAAGACGAAAUGGGCAGCCACCCUUCCCAGGAUCCCCGCCACCAGCCUGGCCCUGCAUAACUUUGACGUGAACUACGGCCUUCAGUUUGGGGACCUGUGGCCCUCCGUGAGGGUCGCCAUGCUCUGCGAGCAAAAGUACGGGGCCCUCAUCAACAACUUCUCGGACGUCCCCGGUCUGCUGAGUGAGCUGCGUUUCAAAGGAGCCCGGGACUUUGUGCAGAGCGGGCGGUCUCUUGGGGAGGGGACCGGUGGGGCCGGGCGUCUUCCAGGUGAGGGUUUGACGCCUGCAACAGGUUCGACUGAGGAGGAGAGCAUGCUGCCGGAGAUGAGUCCCAACAUCAGGUGCUUUGUGUUCCCCAAAGGCGACAUCGCCCGUUUCAAACCCGCCAGGCCAGACAGCUGUGGCACCCUGUCCUACUACCUGCUAGAUGCUGCGUCCCUGCUGCCCGUGCUGGCCCUCGAUGUGCGGGAGGGUCACACUGUGCUGGACCUGUGCGCAGCGCCCGGCGGGAAGACGCUGGCUCUCCUCCAGACGCACGCCAUCAGUCAGCUGACGGUCAACGACGUCUCGGAAUCCCGCAUGAACCGCGUGCGGAGGACGCUGCAGUCGUACCUGCCCAGAGAGGUGUGGUCGGGAAACAGGGUCGCCAUGACAACCAUCGACGGCCAGCUGUGGGGCGAAAUGGCAAGGAGCACUUUUGACAGAGUUCUUGUGGACGUACCGUGUACCACGGACAGACACUCCGUUAUGGAAGAGGAAAACAACAUUUUCAAGAAGAUGCGCACCAAAGAGAGGCAGAAACUGCCCGCGUUACAGACCCAGCUCCUCGUGGCAGGGAUGGAAGCGACACGGCCCGGAGGGGUGGUGCUGUACUCCACCUGCACGCUGUCGCAGCUCCAGAACGAGAUGGUGGUGGAGCAGGCGAUGCACGUGGCGCAGGAUGAGCGGGGAGUCACAGUCGAGGUGGAGGACCUGGGACCGCUGGAGCGCCACUUUGAAUCCACCUUCCACUUUGCCCCGCGGCAGCGCCUGGGGCUGCUGGUCAUCCCCCAUCUCACGGCCAACUUCGGACCCACGUACCUCUGCAAGCUGCGGCGGGUCAGAUAGGAUGGACUGCUACCAACCAGCGCUGAGGCCAUGUUUCCCAGCAUGUCCUCGGAGAACUGUGCCUUUGCACUUUUUCUUCCAUCAAGACUGUAAGGAUCUUUCCACCAACACUGCUCAUCUUUGCUUUUGUCUGUCUCUCUGUGUGUGUGUGUGUGUGUGUGUGUGUGUGUGUGUGUGUGUGUGUGUGUGUGUGUGUGUGUGUGAGACUGGAGAAAAAGACUAAAGUGAUUUAUUGUCCUUUGCUGUGUCGAGUGUUUCAUUGGUUUGCAUACUGUAGGAAAUCCCUGCUGGGCAGCAGAUGGCGCUGUGGUUAGAGCUGUAGCCUUUGGACUCUAAAUGCCCGGUUUGAAUCCCACCUAGAGCUGUAAAACCCUUGAGCAAGGUACUUACCCUAAAAUUGCUCC